UCAUGUGCAAAGGACUAGCAGAGAAGCCUUGCUCUUGCUUGGAAUGGGUUAAAGAGAUGCGAUCUUCUAUAGGAACGCUACUGCAUAAGGUAGAAAUUGGACAACAUGCUGUGACUACUGGCUACUUCAGCUGGUAUAUCAAAAAUAAAUCAAAUUCAAGAAACGCAAUGAAGGAAUACAUGAGCUGGAAAGAUUCCUUCAACAAGCUUCUCAGAAGUAAAGAAGGUAUCAGCGCAUUUCGCGCCUUCUUGCAAACAGAGUUCAGUGAAGAAAACCUUGAGUUCUGGGUCGCCUGUGAAGAUUACAGGAGAACCAGGUCAACUGCCAAACUUCAAGACAAAGCUGAAAGAAUAUUUCAAGAGUUUUUACAGAGCGGGGCACCUCGAGAGGUCAAUGUUGACCAUCAGACAAGAGAGGUCACUCGUAAACAAAUAACGGUUGCUUGCCGAAGUUGCUUUGAUGAAGCGCAAGAACAGACUCGUAUUCUCAUGGAGAAAGACUCUUAUCCUCGGUUUCUUAAGUCCCCUUACUACAGAGAACUAUUAUCACAGUCCUCUCUAAGGACAAUUACGCUGUCAUCCAGCUGAGAGACUAGAUGACAACAUGAACAGGUGGCAUCAGAUAUGCUUCAACCCCAAGGAAGACUUUUCUUGACAAAUGCAUGCUAGUGUCUGAGUUCUGACCAAAGACAGAAGUAUGUGUGCAUUAACGCAUGAACUUGUGGUAGGAGUGGAUAUUGCCUGUUGUAUCCACUGCAAAGACUAUCAGGUGACCUGUGAGUCCCUGAACAAAUGUACACAACAAAUGUAAUUCUAUGGGUUUUUUAUACGUGACGUACAUAUUUUAUUACAAUGUGAACAGGUUCACAGCACAGAAAAAAAACAGAACACAGUGCUAGGCAAUCUUUCCAAAUAUCCUGGAGGUACUUUAAUUCAAACAGAUUGCGAAAGCUGGAGAUGAAAUUGUCUCUGUAGGCGUAUUUAUGCAAAAUAACAGUGUUAUUUAUAUAUAUAUUAAUAUCUUCGCUGUUACCAUCUAUAAAAUGCUGGCAUUUAAAAGAGGAAUUAUGUGUUAAGAAAAGGAAUCAUAAAAAAGGUUCUGAAUCAUGCCAAUAAAGAUAGCACUUAUAUGGCUAAUAUAUAUUUUCCGCAAGGCAGAGUAAUUUAUGACAAUAAGGAAACAUAAGCCCUUAUUAUUUCAGACUUUGUUUUCUGAUUAUAUUUAAACCUUAGAUUUUUAAAAUAUGUGAAUUAUUUAUUAGUAUUAAACACCUUUAUCUCCUUCUCUGCUAGAGCGGAUUGCGGCAUAUUAUGUAGCAAUCUCUGGCAGCUGAUAGGUUAAAGGAACCAGUAACCAUUGACUAACAUGACUGGUGCGUGUUUUUGUUAGUGCACAAUUCUGAAGAAUAUGUUGACAAUAUCUUAGAACAGAGGGUUGAAAAUAUUUUUUGUUUGUUGUUUUUUGACCCCCAGCAUAGGCAGGUAACAAAUGUGUAGCAGACAAAACAGAUGUCUUUGUCACUGCCAAAUCUCUCUACAAGGCUUGAGCAUUUGGAGAACUUGGUAGCCGCAAGACGCACUCUGCAAUUUUGGGAGCUGGAUUUAUUCUUGUAAAAAAUUACCACACACUAAUAUCUGUGCAAAUCCAGAUCUUAGUGUGUUGCACUUUCACAAUAAUAAAUCUGAAUACAGCUUCGGCAUUCAUUUCGUCCGAAGUUCACAAAUGCGCAUGUCUACUCUCUAACUCCCUAUCCAUUAAAAUGUAAUAUCCAUCAAGUCACUGUGGUACUUAAAUGAAAACUGUAAAGUAUUUAUGACAAAUGAACUGAUGGUGUUAUGUUACUGCAACUUUAAAUAAAAUAACAAAUAAAAUGAGAUAGAACUUU